UUGUUUUUACUUAGAUAUUUUUGUGAACAAUUAAUGAAGAUGAUAUAAAUAGUCGAGUUACGAUUGAUUGAGCAAAUGAAGGUUAUAGAAUUAGGAUAACAUGUUAUCGCGUACGUUGAAGCUGUCUUGCUAGUGAAGGAUGGAAUAAUGAAAUAGAGUGUGCCACUGAACAACAGACAUUUGAACUGAAUGUGACCCUUUGUGAAGCGUUAUCGAUAGUGAUUUGAUAUAAAAAGGAAAGGGAAGGAGUGAGAAAUUCAAACCACAUAGAUGCCUGAAAAUAUUCCAAAAUAGCUACCUUCGAGCGAUUAUCUUUUCAAUUACGAUUGGAUUUGCUUAAUCAAGCUACAAUCGUGAAAGCGAUGAUGCCGAACGAAGGAAUCGAUAGGUCACUAUUACGAUAUUAAUUCAUUUAAAAAUACUUAAUUCGGAAUUUGUAAGACUAUUAGGACAAAUUAAAAAUUAAGAACGAUCCAAGAUUUUCAAUACGUUCACCGAUAGCUUUUCAAGAUUACGAAAGCGUUUCUCAAGACCGAGAAGAAAGUGAUUAUCGACAAAUACGAACGUAUCGUAUCAGAGGAAACGCGUCGACAGUAUUUCCGAGAAAGCGGCGAAAAUCAAUUAUUUUCAAUAAGACAAGGUCGAAGUUCAUCGGACUCUGAUAGUUCGGAGUAGAAGGCGGCUGUCGCAACAAGUUGAAAUCCCGCCUGAGAGACGAAAGGGCUAUAAGAGGAAAUUCUUUCCUCGAGGUCAACGUCUAAAGGACUCUCUCGUCCCGUUUUUUUGACGUCGCCACAGAGAUGGCAAGAAAAUCGACGAACGAUACGAAUAGAACGAGUUAACGAAGCUGCUAACUAACGAGCAAAAAGAAGACGAAACGCGUAGAGAGAAUCAUAUUUGAAUGGUUUGCCUCGGAUAAGGAACCCUCGUGCGUUUUAUCGUUCCAGACACUGUCGAGGGUCGUCGGAGCAACGACUGUAUCGUCGAAUGCAUAUGCAAAUCGAGAGUGGCACUUGUGUGUCGUUCGAAUAAUAAGAGAUGUUGUGGCUAAUCGGUUCCUUGGAUUUUCAGAUUUCGCUUUCCGUUUCCGAAUUGCUGGAUAAAGGGAUAUUGUUCAUGGAAACGUGACGCUAAGGAGGUACUUUUUAUGGAGUCAAUGGAAACCAUUGGAAAAUUCUUGCCUGGGAAGAGAAUCGAGACCUUGUGAUUUUACGUGAAGAUACGAUGACUAAUAUUGAUACCGACACCGUGUUCAUUCCGUUUUGCAUUUCACUUAUUGAAAACCUGUCACAACGAAGGAGCACAUGAACACGAUACAAAAUGGACGAUUCUCCAACAAACGGCACAAUUUUCGAUCUCGUAUCCGGAGAUGAGAGCCUCAAGCAUUUUCCACGAUCAGUUACUAUCGCAGCUGCGGUUUGUGCGAUAAUUUUUAGCAUCGUCGGAGUUGCGGGUAAUUUGGUAACGGUGAUAGCACUGUUAAAAUAUACAAGGCUGAGACGACAUGCUACGACCGCAUUCGUGAUAAGUCUUAGUAUUUCAGACUUGAUUUUCUCUGCCGUAAAUUUACCAUUAACUGCGAGCAGAUAUUUAAACGAGGCGUGGGUACUGGGUGAAACCCUAUGCAAAAUAUUUCCACUCUUUUUUUAUGGGAAUGUAGCAGUGUCUUUGCUCAGUAUGGUGGCGAUUACGAUCAAUCGAUAUAUACUGAUCUCGAGAUCCGAAAUAUACGCUCAAUUAUACACCACGCAAAGGAUCAUUCUAAUGCUGAUCGCCAUUUGGACGUUGAGUUUUUCGCUACUUUUGCCGCCAUUACUCGGUUUUUGGGGGACACUCGGCUUAGAACCAUCUACAUUUUCCUGUACGAUUCUAAAGAAGAAUGGUGCGAGCCCAAAGAAAUUCUUGUUCGUUCUAGGAUUUGUCGUGCCUUGCGUGGUCAUAAGCGUAUCUUAUCUUUGCAUUUAUUGGCGUGUAAGAAAGAGCAGAAAGAAUCUGGAGGCUCAUACUGGAGCAUCCAGGAGGAAAGCUGGAGGAUUUCAACGAAGAGAAGAUUCCAGAGUGACCAGAUUGAUGUUGACCAUAUUUUUGUGUUUCCUUUUGUGUUUCAUGCCAUUGAUGCUGGUCAACGUGAUUGAUGAUAAAAUAAAAGUCCCGGUUUUUCAUGUGAUAGGUUCUGUACUUGCGUGGGCCUCCUCUGUAAUUAAUCCUUUCAUCUAUGCUGGCACUAACAAGCUGUACAGAGAGGCCUAUAAGCAAGUUUUGUGUCCAGUUUCUAGCAAACUACCGACCACUGGACCGAAACCGACGCAUUCGCAUUCGAGUAAAGUAUCGUCACCUCAAGCCACUUAAAAUUCAAUAACUUUAUAUUUCAAUCGACGGUUUAUUGUUGUUUGAAAGACUUUUUUUUUAUCUACUUGGGUACUAAUAAAUAUCACGACAUAGAUAUAAUGAAAAUUAUUCGAAAUUUGUGUAAUAAAAAUAUUCUAAAGGUAUUUUCGUGACAUCUAAAUUAUCUAAAAUGUGGAAUGACAGAAGCGAAACAAGUGGAAGAUGUUUAAAAAUUUUAGAGUAGAUAGUAAAAGUAGUAGAAUAAAUACUUUGACCAAAGUUGUAUAUUUUAUUAAAGAAGAACUUUAUGUUUUAAUUAUCUAUAGUGAAACUUCUCUCGAUUAAUUUAUAAUUUUUUGAGGAAUGCGGAUAAACAAAUCCUUGCGAGGAGCAAUAAGUGUACGUAAUUAUUACAAAUAAUUCAGCUUAGUUUUAGUUCGCCGGGCAUUUAUUAGGAUAAAUCUAAAUAACGAUUUUUGCAACUUGACUUCAUAUUGCAAACAAUUGAAACUGUAUAUUAAUAUUAAUAUUGCUUCUUUAUGCUUAUAUUAAUAACAAAAGUAAUAUAAAGAUUGAAAAACAUAAUACAAGUAUUAUACUUGCUAGAUUAAUUGUUGUGAAACUAAUUAGCGUAAUGACGUUAAAUUAUAAUGUUUUCAUUUAUAAGAUUCCUGUGUACGCGAUACUGAGAAUCACAUGUACAAAGCAUAAAAUCUUACACUAAUAUUCUAUGUAAAUAUAUUAUAGGAAAUAAGUUUAUUAUAGGAAAUAAUAUUAUUUAGAAUGAAAUA